AUGGAUCGGCCGGCCAGAGACGAAUAUGAGCCCCUCGCCGGUGUCGACAACUAUGCCGGGCACGAAGGCGACGUCCUCGAGGCCUCGCUGGUUCUCGACCGCCAUGACGUGCCCUUUUCCCGCAUCGAGUACGGCAUCUUUGCCUUCCUCGGCCUCUCCAUGCUCUGGGCCUGGAACAUGUUCCUCGCCGCCGCCCCCUACUUUGCCUCCCGCUUCGCCGCCGACGCCUGGGUGUCGUCCAACUUCCAAUCCGCCAUCCUCACCCUCUCGACCUUGCCCAACCUUACCACCAUCCUCAUUCUCGCCCACAGCCAGCACACGGCCUCGUAUCCGUUCCGCAUCAGCCUCGCCCUCAUCACCAAUUCCGUCCUCUUCGCCCUCCUCACCUGCUCCACCCAGCUCUUUCUCGAUGCCAGUCCCCGCGCCUACCUCGCCUUCCUCCUCACCAUCGUCGCCUGCUCCGCCUGGGCCACGGGGCUGAUACAGAACGGCGCCUUCGCCUUUGCCGGUAGCUUUCGCCGUCCAGAGUACAUGCAGGCCCUGAUGGCCGGGCAAGGCGUCGCCGGUGUCGUCCCUGCCAUCGCCCAGGUGGUCGCCGUCGUCCUGUUUCCGCCCAACAGCGACAGCGCCGUCUCAUCGGCCUCCCCCGCCGCCCGAGGGGGCCAGACCUCGGCCUUCCUCUACUUCCUCGCCGCCGUCGUCGUCUCCGUCGUCGCUCUCCUCGCCAUCUUGCCGCUUUUCCGCCGCCACCGCCGCAUCGUCGAGGGUCGCAUGGCCGAGUGCAUGACCGAGUCCCUGACGAGCGUCGACGACGCCGAGCGCGCGGCACGCAAGGUCACCUCCCUGCGACACCUCUUCCGGAAGCUGCACUGGCUCGCCCUCGGCGUCGCCCUCACCUUUGCCACCACCAUGUUCUUCCCCGUCUUCACCGCCAAGAUCCGCUCCGUCCAGGAAGACAAGGGUCUCCUCUUCCGGCCCGAGGUCUUCGUGCCCCUCGGCUUCUUCUUCUGGAACCUCGGCGACCUGGCCGGUCGGAUGGCGACAAUUCUUCCCAUUUCGCUGAGCCACCGCCCGCGCCUGCUUUUCCUGCUCUCCGUCUUGCGAGUCGUCCAGCUGCCGCUGUACUUGCUCUGCAACGUCGGCGGCAGAGGCGCCGUCGUUCCGAGCGACUUCUUCUACCUCUUCGUCGUCCAGCUGACCUUUGGCCUCACAAACGGCUGGCUCGGAUCGAGCUUCAUGAUAGCCUCCGGCGAUUGGGUCGACGAAGGCGAGCGGGAGGCCACCGGCGGUUUCAUGGGACUCUUCCUCGUCGUCGGCCUCACGACUGGUAGCUUGCUGAGCUUCACAUUGUCUAGCCUCUAG